AUUCAUCGAUCAGUGCUGAAUAGAAUGUCACACGAAUAAUAUUUCGAGUAGGUGUAUUACGUUCACUUUUUGUCCUGAUUUAAAUUUAAUAAAAAUAAAAAUGACACACUUGACCCGAAUUGUGUCAACCUUGUUAUUGUUUUGUCAACUAUUUUCACUUGGAUAUGGUCAGUACACGCAUGAAUUUUUUUCGGGAAGGUACAAACUAGAGUGGACCGUGAGUAGGUUGGAUAAGAUAGUUUUCACCGCGACAGUGCAAACCGGGGGAUGGGUGGGGUUCGGGCUAAACUCGAUGCCCAGUAUGGAUGGGGCCUAUUUAGUGGUGGGGGGUGUGGGUGGGGUAACUACGCUGCCUCCAACGGGCGCAACUACGGGUCAGACGGUCGUACCGACGACAGGGUCGCCAUCACCAACAGAGACGACAUCGUCACCGUCGUCUGAAUCGACAUCGACACCGACACCUGUGACCAUAUCGUCAACUGUGUCUUCAUCUCCGAGUGAAGCUACGACCUCAUCAACGACCAUGACCAUGACCACACCCAUUCCCACGACCACGACAUUACCAACUACACCUUCUAUUACGGUGCCAGGAACGUUUCCAACGGUGGUAAUGACAACAACGACAACAUCACGACCUACAGCCCCAGUCACGUUCCCAACUGUGUCCACCCCACUUACUUCUACUUCUGCUACUGUUGCAGUUAAGCAAGUUGGGAACCAGCCUUAUCAUUAUACAUUUAUUGGAGAUCAGGCCGGACUAGGGACCAAUUACACGGGAGGUUCGUGGAGGUUCUUAGGUGCAAGUGAGAACUUUGAUGGAAAUGCAACCUUGUUAACAGCGAUAAGUUGGGAGAGAGAUUUGGAAAUUCGUAACUCCAAUGAAACCGUGAUUAGUCCCUAUGAGGAUGUCUAUCUUAUCCUGCUGUAUCAUUCUGAUGAUGAAAUCGGCCCAGGGUAUCAGAGAACCAUGCAACUAAUAAAUUUUUAUCAUCCAAACUCGGCUACCUCUGGGAAAAUAUUUUGCCAAUUUACCGCCACAUUUUCUGCAUUACUUAUUAUUUUCUCUAAUUAUUUAUAACUUAUUGUGCUGGUUUAUUCCAAGAACUCACUUGAAAUAGAUUCGUAAUUAAAAUUGAAACAAUCACUUACGAGCAGAUCAUCGUGUGCUCAUGGCGAACUUCCAUGUAGUCCGGAUUGUGUGUAAUUUCCUUAAUCAUGUCCUUCAACAAGCUGUAUCUUGGUAUCAUCGGGUAGUAUUUUGAUGAAACGUAUUCCCCCUGAAAAUUAAAACGGACACAAAACUAUGUCAAUA